UCAGUCCAAUGUUUUGAAUGCAUAUGCUUAACAGCUUUCAGACAAGCGCGUGUAAGAGAAAUGUUUGUGUGAACUGUCAUUUUCAGUGUGUCUAAGGAAAAUAUAUCUGAAAUUAUUAGAGCCUAGAAAACAUAGGAACUAUUGCUGUCAUGACGUAUCAGCUGUAUCAUGUCCUGGUCUAGCCGUCCCUAAUUCAGGCUUGGUGUUAGAGAUCAAGGUUGUAAUCCUGUGGAGUUAUUUAAAGGUUGUGUAAUAUUGGGCAUGGCGGAAAAUCAACAUUAUAGCAGAGAUGUGUACUCUCGGAAUGGUUUAUCAGAGGAGAGACUUUCUGAAACACGUUUUGUAAUCUAGCAGUAGCAACAGGAUUAUUGCGGAGUAUACGCGUUUAAAAAAGAUAAAGGAGGGUUUACCAAUAACAAAUUAGUGACUUUGUUUAAGAAUUUGCUAUUUGGAUUCAUAUAAUUAUUUGAAAGUGUUGCUUCUAAAAUGUAAAAACUAAUACUGGAUUUUAAAUGGAAAUAUUUAAAGACUUUCUGGAAUAAAACAUUUUCUAUAUAGUAAGUAAGCAACGUGAUUUAUUAUUACUCUGGCUACUUAAUUCGUAAAUAAAAAUAUUUCAGUCGCAAACCGUUCAUAGUCGUCAAUGUUUUUUGUUGCGACUAAACGUUUUUGAAUAUGAAUUGUUUAUAUUGAAAUAGUUUUUAAAAAAAAAUGAAUACAACAAGAUCAGACAACUUUGGAGGGGCAAACAAUUCUGAUCUUCAUUCAGGACUGUGUAGUGACUGGCUCGAUGCACAGCACGCCGUUUUUCAGCUAGCGCAACUGUGUAUAUUAAUAUCAUUCCUGACACCAACAAACUUUAAAUACCAUUGUUUCUUUCUACGCAUUAUGCUCAAUUUAGGAUUCUUACUCGGUCUCAUAUGGGGAGCUGUUUUUGUCUGCAUGUCGGAUAUUGUCAUAUGGAAUGCAAUUUUUCUUUGCGUUAAUUCAGUCCACGUCGUAUAUCUCGGAUAUAAGGUUGUGCCAGAAAGAUUUCCUAAGGCUUUAGAAGAUGUAUAUUCCCACACUUUUAAACCACUAAAAGUGACAAGAAAACAGUUUAAAGAAAUGACAGAUUUUGGAAGUUUACAAUUAUUGGGAAAAGGUGCUUUAUACGCUAAUCAAGAUCAAACAAAGACGGGCCAAAAACUUUCUAUAUUAUUAAAAGGCAGGUUAAAAGUAACUUACGACGAUUGUUUUCUACAUUCCAUCGAGUUAAACUAUUUUGUGGAUUCUCCCGAGUUUGACAAUUCCAGUGUCUCUUGUCUAGAAGAUACAUUCAAGGUUUCAGUAAGUGCAUGCGAGGACAGUUUGAUUUUCACAUGGCCACAAGAUCAGCUUCUAAACUACCUGUCACAUGAUCCUCAUUUAAGACACAUAUUCAGACAACUGAUUGGAAAGGAUAUAAGUCAUAAACUGUAUGAGAUACAAGAACGUUUGAUGGCCAACCCCAGUUACAUGGAUGGAAUAAAUACACGACGAUCUUCUAUGGUAAAUGUUCGCCACGGAAUUGUAUCGAAUUCAACGUCGAAUCUUGCCAAAUUAAAUUGCUUACAAGGUCAGUGAGCAAGUGUUAAGCACAACGGGUUGUAUAGUAAGCAACGAACAUCCGAGUAAUCUGUCAUCGAAUGAAACUUAUGAGACCAGCGUUUAACAAACAGUAACAAAAAAACCCUUUCUCAGUUUUAAUAUUAUUACAUGUAUUAUGCGGUUAUACAUUCAGCAUUAAUCUCUUUGUCAGUUUCCUUGUCUAUAAAGAAUUGUUAUAACUGUUUAUUAUUAAACAUUUAAAUAUGUCAACAUUGUAAAUAUAUUCAAAGAAAUAUCGGAAUUGUGAAACAUCGAAGUUGGUUGGUAUAUUUCAUGAAUGGCGUACGUUCACACAUAGUUUACAUGAUACGUUGACAGUAGCAUUUCAAACAUUAUUGUAAUUUAUCCUUUCGACAUGGUUGUUUGUUUCUUUCAAUACAACUUGGUAUUUCAUUUACUGUAUCAGUUAUAUAAUAUUUGUAACUGACAAUUUUGCUUUUUCGUAACUUCAUAUAACCUGUCUUAACAAUCUGUCAUAUCAUGUGUCAUGAAUCUGAAAAUAUUGACAAAGGUCACUUUAACAAUCAUUUGUUAAGCAUCAUGGUUUAUAUACCGGAUCAAUUAAGCCUGAAUAGAUAUCACACAUUUCCAGUUCAAUAGCUUGAACUUUUUUAUCUGUCGAGGUUUCAUUUAACAAUCAACUUUUUAUGUUGAUUCAUUUAAUUGAUAAAAAAUAAAGGGUUUUAACCUUGUCUUGAAUGAAAUAUGUUCAUACACAUUUGUUAAUUGAUAUUGUCAAUACAAGGUAUUUAUUUAUAUAUUGUAUAAAUUUAUGUGUUUGUGAUAAUUAACUGUUGUAAUCAAUUAUUGAAGUGCCUUAUUCUCCUAUGUAUAAUUUGUCCCUGUCUUGUUAUUAAGUUAUGUGUAUUAUUACAUGAUAUGACAUUAUGAGUCUUUACAUUAAUUUACAUCUUCAUAACUUAUUGGCCAUUUGUAUGAUUAACUAAUGUAAAUAAACAAUAAAAUGUUCAAACUUUUA